GGAAGAAUAGACGGGGCCCAGGAACAAGCUCUUGGGAGAAAACUGUAUAUAAACCAGGUCUGCGUACCCCCCGCUUUAUCAUUAACCCUUUGUCAACCCAUCGCAAGAAAAAAAAAGAACAUGUCCUCAGCUUACGGAAGCAUCGCCCGCCCAGUCUCGGACCAAAGUCUCGCCACGGUGCUGCCUCGCCAUGCCACCCUUCGAAGCAAUGCCAAUGCAGAUUCCUCGACCUCAAUUGAUGCAACCUUGUUCCGGAUCAGUUCCAAGUCCGAAUUACCCAACCUCUCGACACAGUCCUACACCUUGUCAGCGGCUACACAUCCUAGUUUAGUCGAGGCUAUGCAACAGGUCUUUAACCAUGAAGUCGAACGUGGUGACACCUACCCGCAGGAAUCUGUCCUGGACGAUUCACAGUUUGAGAACUACUUCUUUUCCGGGGAUGCAUUCGUACUCCUCAAGGGUCGGUAUCAGCAGGCGACUGCAAUUGGGACCAGGAGUGGGGCUGAUCAAUGGCAGACUGAUCUCCUGGGAUUCUUUUAUGUCAAGCCCAACUUUCCUGGCCGUUGCUCCCAUAUCUGCAAUGGCGGCUUCAUAGUGAACCCGAUCCACCGUGGUCUGGGGAUCGGUUCGAUCCUGGGCAAAGCUUUCUUGCGGGUCGUCCCCGUGAUCGGAUACAAGGCUUCGAUGUUCAACCUCGUCUUUGUCUCCAAUGUGGCCUCCAUCAAGCUCUGGCGCCGUCUCGGUUUCCAAGAGAUCGGCCGUAUCCCCAAGGCUGGUCGGCUCCGAGGACAGGGCGGGCACUCAAAGUUAGGAAACGGAGGCGGGGCUGAGGACAAGAACGAUAACGAGGGCUUCGUUGAUGCGAUCCAAUUCUAUUGGGAUUUCGAUACCAUGGCCGUCCCCGCAGAAUAUGAUGCAUGAGGUGGAAGUCUAGAAAGUGUUUGUUACCUUGAUGACUUUUUGUUUUGCAUGAAUUGAGGAAAAAAAUAAAGAAUGCAUGAUACAGUUGUAAAAAAAAAAAACCACUACUUUUCUGUCUUUUUUUUAUUCGCGCUUUCGUUAUU